UGGCGUUCCGAUCGUUUUUAUUUCGCUAGUAAUUUUUAAUACUCCAAAAGGACAUCACAUCGUCUUGCUACUGUCUCUGUUAUUGCCAAAGAAUAAUUACUCCAAAUGGCUCGAGUACCAGACGAAGAAUUAAAAAAAGCAUUCAGUGAACUCCAGGAGAAGAUGGUGGAUACAACCCAAAAGCUACGAUUAGCUGAUAUUCAAAUUGAGAGUCUCAAACGUACGAAGCAAUAUGCAGAAUUAACUAUUAAAGAAAUAGCAGCACUUUCCAAUACCACCAAGACAUAUGAAUCUGUUGGGAGAAUGUUUCUUCUCGAUGAUAUCGCGAGUAUCAAGAGUGGUUUACAAACGAGAAUGAAGAAUGCGGAUGAAAAAAUCACGACAUUGGAGAAUAAUAAGACUUACCUCGAGCGUGAUUUGAAGGAGAGCAAGAAUAAUCUCAGGGAAAUGGUCCAGCAGAGGCAGAAUAAAGAUACCUCAGGAUAAGAGGAGGUUAGUUAUCAAUUGAGUGGCUGUGCUCUACCCAUAAAUGGAAAUUCACAUCUUCACAUUCAUUAGGACCGAUAUCAUCAAGGAAUACUGUUUGUUUAAAAUACUGUAAUCGAUAAUUUGAGAUUCAUCGUGUUUUACGAGAGAAAGAUAUUAUCAAUCAGCUUCAUACACCUUUUGUAUUAAUUCAAGAAUAAUAAACAAUGAUGGUUAUUCUGGUUAUUUGAAAAUUCAA